AAAGACCCCUGCCAUUAGCCUCUGGCUUCUCCCCAAUUCCCACACCUGGCUGAAAAAAAGACCAAGACCCCUGCCAUUGUCUACCCCAUUCAAAUACCUAAAACAAAUGGCAGAAACCAAGAUAAGCCUGAAGCUUGUGAUAGACAAGAAGAGAAACCGAGUGCUCCUCGCUGAAGCAGGGAAGGACUUUGUUGAUUUCCUCUUAGAAGCCUUCACUCUGCCGGUUGUAACUGUCGCGCGCUUCCUGAAAAAUGAAGACACGGCAGGCUGCUUGCAAAGCCUCUACAAUAGCGUUGAAAACCUGAGUGACUCUUUCAUCCAGCCAGGCCGAAGCAAAGAUUUGGUGUUGAGACCCAAAUUCGUAACGUCUGGAGAUACAGGCUCCCUCUUGCCAAGGGUCGAUCACUGUACGUUCUUGAAAUUAUAUCGGUGUUCGAAGUCGAACUGCUAUUGCCGUGGUACUUACCUGUCUUCUAUAUCGGGCAGACGUUGUUUAUCAUGCGAUUCACCAAUGAGCGAAGAGGUAAGAAUUGAAGAGCUAGAAAGCAGAAACAAGGCGAGUGGUAAUUUCGAUUUCGUGAAAGAGAGCGUCACAUACAUGGUGAUGGAUGAUCUGGAGAUAAAGCCCAUGUCGGUCGAUCCUUUCAUAACUCUGCUUAAUGACCAUAAUCUCAAGGAAUCAGGUCCGAUUGAAAAGAAAGUGAUCGAUUUGAGCAUGGAUGAGUGUGUGAAAUUGUUGAAGGCUGCUCUGCAAUCCAAGACUGUUCUGACUGAUACCUUCCUGUCGAGUCCAUCAGAAACUGGGGAGUCAAUCAAAAAGAAUGAGAGUUCGGAUGAGCCAACAAUUUUGAACAGGAUUUACAGCAGGCAGAGGUGGUGAAAAUAAUAAGAUUUGGCUAGUGAAUACAUCUUGGGCAAACUAGCUGAACUUCAGGCCAAAAUUUAGAAGAUGUAUCCGAUCAAAUUUGGUGUGGCAAGAAAAAAACAGGGAGGGUCUCGAGUCUGGGAUUGUUGUCUUUGCAGUCUGGAUGCUUAAGUUUGAUUCCUUUUCCUUCUUAUCAGUUUCGGCAAUAUUAGCGUUGCACUUUCUUUUUAUGGUAUCAAACAUUUUUCUUUGAGGAAACAUAAAUUACAUUA